AUGAGCACAUGUCGAUGGUGUACACCGGGUGGUUCUGACACCACGGAGUUCCUGAAGAGCUAUGCUUUUAAAGAGUUGUCCCUGGAAGAUCUUGAAGGAGCCAAUGAUGAUCUCUGUUACUGCCUGGAGUGUGUGGUCGAAUACCACAAAGCACGGGAAGAACUGCCAAAGUUGCAUGAGGUCUUGUGGGAGUUGGAAACCUCCCGUCUUGUUGCCCACAUAGAGAAAUCCAUCCAAGAGGAAGCUGGAGAUGAUGAUGAGUUGAUUAUAGUGAAUGAGGGUGAAGAGAGACAGCUGUCUGGUUAUGUGGGCCCGGAUUUUGAGAAUAACCUGCGAGUGCCCCUCCUAGAAAUACUGAAAUAUCCAUAUCUGCUGCUGCACGAGAAAGUCAGUGAGCUGUGUGUAGAAGUGCUGUGUAAAAUGGAAAAAAAUCAGAGUUCCUUUCAGGUCUUUGAGAAAUAUCCAGGAAUUUAUCUCUUUUUGGUACACCCAAAUGAAGUGAUUCGUCGAUGGGCCAUCCUAACAGCAAGGAAUUUAGGGAAGGUUGACAGGGAUGAUUAUUAUGACUUGCAGGAAGUGCUGACUUGCUUGUUCAAAGUUAUUGAGUUGGGGCUUUUUGAGAGUCCAGAUAUUUACAGCUCUUCAGUGAUUGAAAAGGGUAAACUCAUCCUUCUACCAUCCCAUUUAUACGAUACUACAAACUACAAGAACUAUUGGCUAGGGAUUUGUAUGUUGCUAACAGUGCUGGAAGAGCAAGCCAUGGACUCCUUGUUACUGGACCCAGACAAACAAAAUGAUUUCAUGCAGUCCAUACUUCACACCAUGGAGAAGGAAGCAGUUGAUGAUUCCACUGACCCCUUCUGGCCAGCGCUGCAUUGUUUCAUGGUUAUUUUGGAUCAGCUCGGAUCUAAAGUGUGGGGUCAGCUUAUUGAUCCUGUCCAGGCCUUUCAAACCAUUAUCAACAGUGUGAGCUACAACAAUGAAAUAAAAAAUAUACGCAAUAGCUUUAAGAGGACAAAAUCUGAACCAGAGUCAGACUACAAUGAUGACAUGGUUACUUGCAGUCAGAUUGUGUAUGAUUUUAACACAGAAAAGCUUCAGAAGGAUACUGGAUGGAAAGCUGCUAUUUGCCCAGACUACCUCCCCAGCAUGUAUGAGGACAUGCAAACACUGGCUCAUAUGCUGCAGUCUGACAUUGGCAGAGACAUGCGCAUUCAUAACAGCACGUUUCUGUGGUUCAUCCCUUUUGUUCAGUCUCUUAUGGAUCUCAAGGACUUGGGUGUAGCAUAUAUAGUAGAGGUCAUUCACUACCUUUACUCAGAAAUCAAAGACAUUCUCAAUGAAAGGAUCCAGCAGUGUGAUAAGAUCUCGGAAUUUUUUGUCUUAAUCUUGGUGUCGAUUAUUGAGCUGCACAGGAAUAAGAAGUGCCUGCACUUGCUAUGGAUUAGCUCCCAGGAAUGGGUGGAAGUGGUGGUGAGGUGUGCCAAGCUUCCAGCUAUAGCAUUUACACGGUGCACUGAAAAAGGCUCUGGACACUGUGUGAGGGGUUCAUCAGGAAUGUCUUUACAAGCUUCUAACUCCGUGCAGCACGCGUGUGUGCAGCUGAUCCGCAGCCUUCUGAAAGAAGGUUGUCAGAUGGGGCAGCAAACUCUUUGCAAGCAAUACCUGAACAAACUCAAUCUUUUUCUGCGAGGAAAUUUAUCUUUAGGUUGGCAGUUGAACGUCCAGGAAACCCAAGAAUUACAGAUGUGUUUAAAGCAAGUAAUAAGAAAUAUAAAGGACAGAGCAUUGAACACCUCUGCGCCAAUAGAAAACAGUGCAAGCUCUACAACUUUGCCCACCAUUUCAGUCAAGCAGGAGAAGAGUGGACGUGGUGAUGGAUGUGGCAGAGAUGGCCUUUGUUCACCAGCUGCUCUCAUAUCAAAGGAAGGCAGAGAUGAAGAUUGUCCAGAGAACCCUUUCACUAGAAGAAAGAGUGCCUGGGAAGAGGAAUGUAGAGAUGCAUCUAAAAGUUCAAUAUCUUGGACAUCCACAGAAGGCCUCUUGGUGAAUAUUAAAAAGGAACCUAAUGACCUGACAACUCCGGAAUGUGUCUGCCCAUGGAACUCUUUGGCAACAAAGGAAUGUGGGAAAGUUGAGGAAAACAGGAGCAGUGAUCUCGUGGUGGGGAAGUGCACUAUGGAUGAUCAGUGCGUAAAUCCAAAUACCCAACGUUCAGAUUUCAGAAGAAUCAGAGAGCUGGAAAACAAAGGUGAAGCAGGACCCAUAGCACCAGUGCACCUGGCUGCUCAAACUGGUUCUCCAGAAGAUGGUUACAGCUCAGAUGGAAAGGCAAGCAACACGUUUUCUAGUACCUCUUCAAAGUUGAAAGUGGAUGCACAGAGACUGAUGAAUUUGAAGGACAUGCUGCAGAAAACUGAAUGGCCCUCAAAAGUACUGCAGCCUACCAAGCCAAGUGACUUGAAAAGCUGCAGUUUAACAACAAGUGCUUCAAAAGCAGAGGUGGAGAAACCUAAACUUUGCACUGGCUAUCUCUGUGCUACCAAAGAUUGUCAUAAACAUCAGGGAGUGAAUAUUGUGUAUGAAAAUGAAAUCUCUGUUGAUUCUCCAUCUUGGAGGAGUUGUGAAGGUGCACAGAAGAAAAGUAUCAACAGUGCUUUUCAAUCCAGACUGGUCCCCACUAACCAAGUGUCCAAAGAAACACCACUCGUUUGCUCUAGCUCCUCUAAAAGUAAACCUGGUGUGCAGGAAGAUGAAGACAACAGUAUUUUGCUUUCAGGGAUUAGUGACACUGUAGUGAAAAAAGAAUCUACUGAAGAAAAGUCAGGUUUACUGUUGAGGUCUGUCUUUAUGAAAGACCCUGAGAUGCAAACUUCAGACCAGGAACAGGCUAAUUUAAAUGGCUCAGGUAAAUAUGACUGUAAAGGUCAAAUUCCAAAGACAUUCAGUGUGGAUAAAACUUCAGCAAAUGAUUGUGUUCCAUCUACCUCUGAAAACAAGAGGGACACAUCUAACCCUGCUUCCCAUAUCAGGCUACUGUCUGUGAAGAGUGAAUCAAAUGACAGGUUGUUCCAAUUCUCAGAAUAUUUCAAGAGAGAAAACAAUUUAGUGGGGAAGAAAGAGGAGAAUUGUGUGAAAACUGUUUCUGAAGAUAAUACUUUAUCAGACUCCCAGAUUGACAGAGACCUCAGUAAAUUAUCUCUAGCUGCAUAUGCCAAAAGUGUCAAUUUUCCUUUUGAUUCAAGCCAAGAAAGCUCAGUCCAUCAUAACCUAUGUGAUAUUAAAAGAAAAGUGAAAGGUGCUGUAAGAUCUUCCGUUGAUGACCAAAGUGCUCAGCCUCCCUGUGAUGCAGAUUGCCAUGACAAUGAAGUAAUUAUAAUUUUGGACUCUUCUGAUGAAGAAAACAACAUGGCUGACAAGGAGAAAACAACAAAAAAUAAUGAGAAUGCGUGUCCUGAAAAGCAGCCUUCAACUUCAAGCUGCAUUUCUGACUCAAAGUCACCAAACUCUCCUUUGUUACUGCAAGACUGUGAUUCUCAGUACUUUGAAUUUGAAACAGAAGAUGAGGUCUUUUCAGUGUGGCAAGAUACUCAAGACUAUACUAUGGCAGCAACUCAAGAGUAUAAACAGGAUCAAGUUUCAGCAUCAGUUAAUAAUGGUAAUUCCAAUGGCUCACUGGAAGAUCACACAAAUGAGUGGGGUUAUGAUCUGGAUUACCUAAGUGAUGAAACUAUGGAAGAAGAAGCAAAGUUGGUAGAAAAGCAGAUAGACAAUAAUUCUCAUCCCGAAGAAGCUGAUAAUGCAAAGGAAGUAACUAAUUCAGCAUUGCAAGAGUCUAGUAGUAAGGGAGAUGCAAAAGAACAACUGGAGAAUUUGGCAGACAAAGGUCCUGUUGCUAAAGACUCCACCUUGGGCUCAAAACUGACUGAACCCAGAGCAUCUACAUCUAAAAUGUCAUUAGCUUCCAAGCUGGCCCUGAAGAAGAACAGUCUGAGCCCACGGAAGAGUAUAGCAAAAUCCAAGGUAGCAAGAGCUAUUCAGAGAAGCCCUAAAAAGCCUCCUUUUCUUAAACCAGCCCAAAAUAAAAAGCUACUUCAAAGUACCUCAAAAAAUUCACAAUCUGGCGGGUCAUUGCCUGCUGUUAUUCCUCCAAGGAAGGUCAGGCAGUGUCCUGCACCCUCCACCACUGCAGAAAAGCUGGGUUUGAAGAAGGCACCUCGUAAAGCCUUUGAAUUAUCCCAACGUUCCUUGGAGAGCCUGGCUGAGCUGCGCAGCCACGGGAGAGCUGCAGGGAGGGUGGCACUUGCACAGAAACGGAAGAGUAAACUAAUUGCUCCUCAGAAUUUGUCUGUAAAAUACAAUAAAAAACUGCUAGCCUGCCAAGACCGUCUGUAUUUUGGGCAGACGAGGCCCAAAAAAGGUGUGAAACAUCCUGUGGGAAGUUCUGAGAGUAGAAACAAAACAGUUAGGAAAGUGGAUGCAAAUUCUAGGAAACAAACACCUACAAGUUUUGAGCUUGGAUCUGUAGAAAACCCAAGAGACAAAAAAAGAGAAGAGACAAAUGUCUCUAAAAUGCUUACUUCUUCAGACUUGAACAGAAGAUCAGAGGGUAACAGUAUGAUGGUUCCUCCUGUACCUCUGGGUUCAAGUCUCUCUUCUGCUACUCUUGCUCAAGAUGGUCAAGCUGAACCUUCAGGAGAAGGUUGCAGUGUCCAGCCUGGGUGUGAGAAGACAGCUUCAAAAGAAAAUGGGUGUAAACCAAAUGAAAACAGUGAAGAUGAUGAUGAUGAUCAUCUGUUUUUAACUCAGUCAGAUCCUAAGGAUGAGGAAUCACGUUCUCUGGAGGAAGGUGUUGAAGAUGCUACUAAAACUAGUAAAAAACCAGAGGAAACAAAUAGUGCUGAAAGUCUUCAGCAGAAAGACUCCUUGACUACUGUGAAAUGUAAGUACAAAAACUGCAUGGAGAAGGUAGAAAAACCAAGAGAAUAUUGCAGUAACCAUUCAGCCACCAGCUCAGAAGCAGACCACUUGUUUGCCAAACCUCUCCUGCCACCUUCUAAACCAAGAAAGCCUUCCACAACCAAAAUUUUCAGCUCGGCAAGUUCCUCACGGAAUGCAGCCUUCAGCAAAGACUUUGAAGAUGUUAAGAAGCCCCCGCCAGCUUCAAGAAACAAAGAGAAUGCAGCAAAACCACCACAUGCAAGGGCUGCACCCCCAGGAAAUCAGACUUGGAAGCCUCUAAGUUCCAGUAAUGUACCUCAGCUCCCUAGCUCUAAUGUUCUCCAGCCGCAGAACAGACAGAAUUACAAUGUUUCAAACAUUGUCAGAAGACCUGCCCAAGACGUGUGUCCUGCCUUCUUUGAACCUAACCCCCGGGACCAUAGUACUUUUGUUAAUGAAGUCCUAAAAUGGACUUACGAAAUGUUUGCAAACUCCAGCGAGUGUGGACCUCCCAGUGGUCUCCUGCAGUCUGUAGUAGCCUCUGUUCCUGUCCAAUUUUGGGGAGAGAAACAUUAUUUUGAGACUUUUUUCCCCUUGAUGAUGCUAAAUGCCUUUGAAACACUGGCAAAAGAGUGGGCAGAAAACCAGAAAGUAAGAGAGAGGAGUUACUGCUUCUGCUUAGAGAACUUAUCUUCUGACUUGAAUGCAGGGAAUCUUACAGCAAGUUUUACAGCAAAUUUUACAGCUCAUUUUAAAGAAAGUGAUUUGGCAAAACAGCUUCAUCCAAAGGAGGAUGACUUAAUCUUUUUGAUGGUCCAAAAGAAAAAAGAUGCCUUUGGGGAAGAAAGUGAGAUGGAGACCCAGAUAGUGAACCAUGUUGGUCUCGUGAAACGAUUUGCUCGUGCAUCUGGCUGUGCAACUGGACAAAGGGAGCAGCACACUGUCUGUCAUCUUUCUGUGCAAACUCGAGGCAAUUUGUCAUUCUUCAUAAAUAAGCAAGUGAAGUGUGUAGUGAUUGGCUCCUUGGUGACCACGCGCCGAACAUUCAGAGGUCUAAUGCUAUUACACAAGAGUUGCCUGGCUAGACCCAUCAUCAAUCCAAGUUAUGAUUACUUCUGUCCCAGGGGCUUGCCCACAGCUUCAGAAAGUGCUGCGUUAGUUAUGAAUGAAUACAAUGAAGAUCAAAGGAGAGCCAUUGAGACAGCUUAUGCCAUGGUAAAGGAACAUCCAGAGCUUCCCAAGAUCUGCCUCAUCCAUGGUCCACCUGGAACAGGGAAAUCAAAAACUAUUGUUGGACUUCUGUCCUGUAUUUUAAGAGAAAACAUGAGGAAUGAUAAAGCAUCUCCAAAAAUAAAUUCCAAGAUCAAGCCAAACCGUUUUCUAGUUUGUGCCCCAUCAAAUGCUGCAGUUGAUGAACUCAUGAAAAAGAUCAUCGUUUCAUUUAAGGAAAAGUGCCAGAACAGACAGGAGCCCUUGGGAAAUUGUGGUGAUAUCAAUUUAGUGCGACUUGGUUCUGAAAAAACCAUCAACAGUGAAGUCCGGGGAUUUAGCCUGGAUAAGCAAGUUGAACAUAGAAUGAAACGAAAGCCAACUGAUGGUGACCAGGAUAUGCAGAAGAGAAAAGCAGCCCUGGAUCAACAGCUGGACAUGCUGGCUCGUCAACGUGCCAUGCACAGAUGUGAGAAGAGGGAGAGUCAAAUGUUAGAUGAUGAAAUAGGCAGAAUUUCAAGGGAGAGACAACAACUUGCUUCUCAACUAAAGGAGGUCCGGGGCCAUGCUCAGAAGGUACAGGCAGAUAUCAUCCUGGAGGCUGACAUCAUCUGCUGCACCCUGAGCACGAGUGGAGGGGGGCUGUUGGAAUCUGCUUUUUGGCGGCGAGGGGGGCAAGGAUUCAGUCCCUUCUGCUGUGUCAUUGUGGAUGAGGCAGGACAGUCCUGUGAAGUGGAAACGCUGAUUCCACUGAUGCAUCGCUGUAGUAAACUUGUCCUUGUUGGAGAUCCCAGACAGCUCCCUCCUACUGUAAAAUCACUAAAAGCUCAGGAGUAUGGCUAUGACCAGUCCUUGAUGGCCCGUCUGCACAGGCACCUAGAGGAGCAAGUUCGCAACAACGUUUUCCGGAGCCUGCCGGUUGUGCAGCUGACUGUGCAGUACAGGAUGCACCCUGACAUCUGCCUCUUCCCUUCCAACUAUGUUUAUGGCAGGACUCUAAAGACUGACAAAGCAACGGAAGAGAACAGAUGUUCUUCAGAGUGGCCAUUCCAGCCCUACCUUAUUUUUGAUGUAGGAGAUGGUCGUGAGGAGCGAGACCGUGACUCUUUUAGUAAUCCUCAGGAAGUGAAGCUGGUGAUGGAAUUAAUCAGAACAAUUAAGGAAAAAAGGAAAGACCUGGGUCUGCGUCGCAUUGGAAUAAUUACCCCUUACAGUGCACAGAAGAAGAAAAUUCAAGAACAAAUGGACAAAGUGUUUAAGAAUAACAGCCCAGGAGAAGUGGACACAGUGGAUGCAUUCCAGGGUCGAGAGAAAGACUGCAUCAUCGUGACAUGUGUCCGGGCAAACAGCACUAGAGGGUCAAUUGGGUUUCUGGCAAGUCUUCAGCGUCUGAAUGUUACAAUCACCCGAGCCAGGUUCAGCCUCUUCAUCCUUGGAAGACUGAAAACACUCAUGGAAGUUAAGAGCUUUUGUUUGUACAGAUGUGCCUUGUGUUUUGCUCUUGCUGCUGCUUCAUCAGUUGGAAUCUUUUUCUUGUUGCAGUGGCAACACAAACUGCAGAUUAAAGCCUAUGAGGUCUCUUUGGUCCUAAUGAGUCCAUGUGAGGAGUGA